GCAGGCGGAAGCCGAUCUUAAAACACCAGGCACAGGCGGAAGAGCUCUCGACGAUAGGCUGACGAAAGCUGAGAUGAACAAAGUGAGAAAAACCAUCAGUCCAGAUGGAACCGGUGAUUUCAAGACAAUCAAAGAAGCCAUCAACAGCAUCCCUCUGUACAAUACCAAAAGAAUCGUACUGAUAAUCAAACCAGGAAUUUACGAGGAAAAAAUUACCGUUCCUAGAACAUUGCCAUUCGUUACAUUUUUAGGUGACGCAAGUAACCAACCGACGAUCACCGGAAAUGACACGGCAUCGUCGUUUUCUGGGAGAGGCGGGACGCCAUUGAAGACAUUUCAAAGCGCAACUGUUGCUGUGGAUGCAGAUUAUUUCAUUGCUAUUAACAUUAAGUUUGAGAAUACAGCUCCUCACGAGGUCGGAUCAAAGGGAACUCAGGCGGUGGCGCUUCGGAUAUCGGGAACCAAAGCUGCAUUUUACAAUUGCAGUUUCUACGGCAGCCAAGACACCCUUUACGAUCACAAAGGUCUUCACUAUUUCCACAACUGCUUCAUCCAAGGAUCCGUUGAUUUCAUUUUCGGCUACGGCAGAUCACUCUACGAGAGGUGCUAUUUGAAUUCUGUGGCCAAGAAGGUGGCCUCUCUGACGGCUCAAAAGAGGUCCAAUUCCUCGUUAGCAAGUGGGUUUUCUUUUAAGGACUGUGUGGUGAAUGGGAGUGGGAUGGUUUACUUGGGAAGAGCAUGGGGGGAUUAUUCAAGGGUUGUUUUCUCUUACACUUACAUGGAGAAGAUAGUUCUUCCCCAAGGAUGGAGUGAUUGGGGUGACCAAAAGCGUGACUCAAGGGUGUAUUAUGGAGAAUACAAGUGCAGUGGGCCGGGAGCCAACUGGACAAGAAGAGUACCAUGGGCCAGGAUUCUGACAGACAAAGAGGCCUGGCCCUUUAUAGGGACUUAUUAUGUUGAAGGCGAAACUUGGCUCAUUAAUCCUUGACAAUUCGCCUUUUCUUCCAUUGUAUUUUUUGGUCUAAAACUUAUUCAAAAUUGUAUGUACCAAGCAGCAUGUAUCCCUGUUUAUUAUACUACCAUCUAAAAGCAAGAAAAAAAAAAAAAAAAA